UUUUUGGCUUUUUUGAGUGUUUUGUAUUUACUCCUAGUACAUACGUUACUUAACUUUGCUGUGAAGUCUUUUAUGACACUCAAAUGAAGCAUAUCAACUAUUUUAUACAUAUGCUAUGCUACAGGUUGCUUUUUAAUUUUUACAAGAAUAAAUAUAUGUCUAUAGUUAAAAAAGAAGUCAGUACUGAAAGGCUUAGAGAAAAAUACCAGUCUUCUAACCAGCCCCUGCACCCAGUCCCCUCCCCAGAGGCAACAACUUUCAACCUUUUACGUUGUUUCCUUUGGAGUUUACCUUCAUUUUUCUAAGGAAUAGGAAUGAGUGCCAUUCCUUGGCAUUUAUACUGACUUCUGUCAUUGUUUUAGUUAUCUAGUGCUGCUAUAAUAGAAAUACCACAAGCAGGUGGCUUUAAAAAGAGAAAUUUAUUCUGUCACAGUCGAGAAGGCUAGAAGUCCGAAUUCAGGAUGCCAGCUCCAGGGGAGGGCUUUCUCUCUCUGUCAGCUCUUUGGGAAAGUUCUUGUCAUCAGUCUUCCCUGGUUGAGGAGCUUCUCAGCGCAGGGACCCUGAGUCCAAAGGAUGCACCAUUCUCCAGGCUCUUGUUUCUUGGUGGUAUGAGGUCCCCCUGUUUCUCUGCUCACUUCUCUCUUUUAUAUCUCAAAAGAGAUUGGCUUAAGAUACAGCCCAAUGUUGUAGAUUGAGUCCUACCUCGUUAACAUAACUGCCGCUAAUCCCACCUCAUUGACGUCAUAGAGGUAGGAUUUACAACACACAGGAAAAUCACAUCAGAUGACAAAAUGGUGGACAAUAACAUAAUACUGAGAAUCAUGGCCUAGCCAAUUUGACAGACAGUUUGGGGGGACACAAUUCAAUUCAUGACAAUCUUAGAGUAUCAGAUUUAACUCUCCAUCCCGUACCCUGCCCCUUGGUUUUCCUUGACUUUUUCCUAUUCUGCCAGACAGAAUAGAUACCUCACAAUUUUGGGCUAAGUUAAUUUCACAGUUUAUAUUAUUGUGACUGUAUCAAUAUUUUUCUUUGGUGAGCUGAGUAAUGUAUUAUGGCUAUGUCUCCUUUCUUAUAAUUUUUUUUUUUCUGGUGUUAAUAAUACUUUUUUUUCAUCUGUUUAGCUUUCUAUGUAUUUAAGACAUUUUUCUUCUUUCCAGGGCUUCUCAAUAUGAUUUUCCACUGGCUCAGACCCCUCAGGUGGUCUCUUAGCACGUGGCUGUAGUCUGGGCUGACAGGUCUCCAGGCUGGCUGCCAGCUUCCAUCCUGGGGUCUCCUUCACCAUCAUCCUGAGCUCCUUUGCCUGUUCUGUAUUGGCCCCUGUUUUCUGCAUCUUAUAGGUUCCUCUUUCUUGGGCAUCUUCUUGUUUUUGUGGAGCCUGUUUUUAAAGAGCUUUUGGAAAAAGGGUGCGUGGGAAGUAUUUUGAGACCUUGCUUUUUUGAAAGUGACUUUAAUCUCACUUUUGAUAAAUGGUUUGUAUAUAUAAUUUUAGUUUGGAAACCAUUUCCUCUCAAAAUUUGAAAGCAUUACCUCCAUGACCUUCUUUUAGUGUUGCCAUGGAAAAGGUCAGUGCAGUCCUUAUUCUUGAUCCUUUGUGCAUGACCUCUAUUUUCUCUCUAGAACCUUUGAGGAUCAUCUCUUUGGCACCAUUUUAUGUGGUUCUUUAUUUAUUCAUUGUGCUCGGUGCCUAGUGGGCCCUUUCAAUCUGAAAAACUGUUUCCUUCUAGAACAUACACCAAUUCAACAAUUUCUACAGGUACAAUUUAGUGACAUUGAGUACAUUCUUCAAAUUGUGCAACCAUUCUCACCCUCUUUUUCUGAGUUGUUCCUCCCUCAUUAACAUAAACUCACUGCCCCCUAAGUUUCCUAUCUAAUCUUUCAAGUUGCUGUUGUCAAUUUGAUCCCAUAUAGGUAGAUCUUAAAAGAGUACUCAAGGCAGGCAUUCUUUACUAGUUAAGCUAAACUAUUUUUUGGUUUUAAGGAGACUUUAGGGAAUAUUUUUGGUUUAAGGUUUAAUGUUUAAAGAUUAUUACAGGGUAAUAGUUUUGGGGGUUCAUCUAGCUUCCAUGGAUCCAAGAAAAUUUGGAUUUCAUGAGAAGUUGAAAUUCUGUUCUGCAUUCCCCCCCUUUUAAUCAGUAUUCUUCCAUAGAAUCUUUGGUCAAAACAUUCAGUAGUGGUAGCUGGGCACCAUGCAGUUCUUCUGGCCUCAUGGCAAAGGGGGCAUGUGAAGAAUUUGCUUUUUACUGUUUAAUUUUAACGUAAGUUAAUAUUUAUGCUAUGGAAGGAGUUACAGUACUGAAAAGAGGGUCAUUAGAGUCAGGAAGAUCUAAAUUCCAGUCCUGGAGGGACACUUACUUGUUGUAUGACUUUGGUAAAUCCCUUAGUGAUACCUCUAUGCCUUGGCCUGGCUGCCUGUAAAAUGGCAGUAAUGUCUGCUUCGCAGCGUGAGAUGACAUGGUGUACUUAAAGCACCUGGCAAAGAGCAGUGGUUCAAUGAAUGUUAGAGUUUUUUUCUUUCCCCAAGAAAAGUAAAACAUUAGCUAGUCUACUAGUUAAUUAUGGGCCUUGGGAUUUUCCCUUUUGGCAGCUUUCAAAAAAGAUGACUAGUCAGGAAAAUCAUGAUCUAGCUAGGAAAAUGCCAAGUGAAUGCUUGAUUUUCCUGAAAUAAAUAAGCAUGUCCUUCCUCCCUCAUUCUAUAUGUUUUUCAAACUCUGGUGAUAAGGAUAGAAAGUAAAAAAUGAAUUUUUCUUCUGGGGAGCUCAGUUGAAAAUUUUAGUGCUUUGCGUUUUAUGGGUCAGUAGUGCUAGAAAUCAUAUUCUUUAAGCUGCUGUUUCCUGAUGGGCAUAGAAGCAACACAGCAGGAAGAAAGGAGCAUGAAAAAGUGUGACUACUCAAUUCACAUCUCUUAUCAGCACCUUUUUUUCUCUUUUUCUUGAACAGCUUUAUUGAUACUAAAUUUACAUACCAUACAAUUGACCCAUUUAACAUGUACAGUUUUGUGAGUUUUAGUAUACUCACAGAGUUGUGCAACUAUCACCACAAUCUAACUUAACGCAUUUUCAUCAUCCCAAAAAGAAACCCUGCUUCAUGAAUUUCUCAUCAUUCAGGAACUCCUAAGUGACUGUGUUGUGGUGUCUUUGGCAAGUGGGCUCUUUAUUCCUUCUUAUUAGACUAUAGCAUGCCUUGUAUUUUAUUUACUUAUCCAAUACCACACUUUUCCCAAAAUUUGCAUUAACUUAUAAAAAUAUAAGUGGCAGCAUAAAAACAAAUGGAUGAGCGUUAAAGAGCAGAUGGACUAUUAGAGUAGAAAAAUAAAAUACAGCCAUAAAUGAAUACAUAAAUAUAUUAUUCUAUCAUUCCUGCUGCGCAUUGCUGAAGGUGGUCUCAGCUUUUGUUCAGAACUUCCUUAUCAGUUGCCAUCGAAUCAGUUAUGAGACAUGGUGACUCCAUGUGUGUUAGAGUAGAACUGCUCCAUAAGGUUUUCAAGGCUGUGACGUCUUAGAUGUAGAUUGCCAGGCCUUUCUUUUGAGGCACCUCUGGUUGAAUUUGAACUGUCAACCUUUUGGUUAGUAGUCGAGCACUUAACCAUUUGUGCCACCCAGGGACUCCAAAGACAAAGCAAAAAGGGAAACGUGAACUGUUAGAGUCUUCCCAAUGGCACUCAUGCAGUUACUUGGGGGAAAGAAGAGUUUUUACUGUUACUGAGAAUUGCAAGAAAUGUUUCAGGGGUGAGUGGGAGGUGGUGCCAAGUCUUCAACAACAGCCCUACCAUACAUGCACUGCAAGUUUAAAGACAGCUUCCUGUAGGAGACCUUGAUACAGAAAUACCAAAGCACAGUUCAGUAAAAGCAGGUUUGUAAAAGGCCAGAAGUGCUUUUGAGGGGGAGGAGGAGGGGGUGUCUGGCUUGAUCCAAGGAUAAAAUCUAAAAUAACCAAAGGAAUAAUAUUUACCACAUUUUGUUGUAGUAUUGUUUUACAUCUAUUUCCGCUCAAAAGUGAUCAACUUCUCACAAGCAGGAACCAUGUUUUGCUUUUGUUGUUAUCAGUGGUAGAAAAUCUUAAGGAUAUGGAAUGAGGAGAACCAUCUGUGACUGUGAUUUGCCCAAGAAUCAUCACAGUGAUUUGCUGUGAGUUCUGUGCACUCAGAAAGUCAGAUUCGUAUCUGAAAUCCAACACCUACAAAUGGUCAUAAGCUUUCUUUCUAGGGGCUGACCAGCUUCUGAGACGGUUUUGAGCAGCAAAUACACGAGCCGAGUAAAAUAGCAAUAACAAAAUGACUGUAUCUGGGCCAGUCUGGAAAGCCUGGUGGUGUAAUGGUUAAGAGCUACGGCUGCUAACCAAAAGAUCAGCAGGUCAAAUCCACCAGGUGCUCCUUGGAAACCCUAUGGGGCAGUUCUACUCUGUCCUAUAGGGUCGCUCCAGCAUUGUUUCUGUCACCAAGGCCAUAUUUUCCAACUAUUGAUCCUUCUUCUUUGUUUCCAACUUCCGCGUUCCAAUCACCAGUAAUUAUCAAUGCAUCUUGAUUGCAUGUUUGAUCAAUUUCAGACUGCAGCAGCUGAUAAAAAUCUUCUGUUUCUUCAUCUUUGGCCCUAGUGGUUGGUGCGUAAAUUUGAGUAAUAGUCGUAUUAACUGGUCUUCCUUGUGGGCGUAUGGAUAUUAUCCUAUCACUGACAGAGUUGCAUUUCAGGAUAGAUCUUGAAACGUUCUUUUUGAAGAUGUAUGCAACACCAUUCCUCAUUGAAUGAUAGAAUUUUGCAAGACCAAUGACUUCAUUGCAAAUACCUUCUUUCACCAACAUAAGUGGCUACUAUACACAUGGACCUUGCCAGAUGGAACACACAGAAAUCAAAUUCACUACAUCUGUGGAAAGAGACGAUAGAAAAGCUCAAUAUCAUCAGUCAGAACAAGGCCAGGGGCUGACUGUGGAACAGAUCAUCAAUUGCUCAUAUGCAAGUUCAAGCAGAAAAUGAAGAAAAUCAGAGUAAGUCCGCAAGAGCCAAAAUAUGACCUUGAGUAUAUCCCACCUGAAUUUAGAGAGCAUCUGAAGAAUAGAUUUGAUGCAUUGAACACUAGUGAUGGAAGACAAGACAAGUUGUGGAAUAACAUCGAGGACAUCAUCCGUGAAGAAAGCAAGAGGUCAUGGAAAAGACAGGAGAGAAAGAAAAGACCAAUAUGGAUGUAAGAGGAGACUCUUAAACUUGCUCUCGAACGUCGAGCAGCUAAAUCAAGAGGAAGAGUUGAUGAAGUAAAAGAACUGAACAGAAGAUUUCAAAGGGCGUCUCGAGAGAACAAAGUAAAGUAUUAUAAUGACAUGUGCAAAGAACUGGAGAUAGAAAACCGAAAGGUAAGAACACACUCGACGUUUCUCAAGCUGAAAGAACUGAAAUAAAAAUUCAAGCCUCAAGUUGCAGUAGUGAAGGGUUCUAUGGGGAAAAUAUUAAAUGACGCAGGAAGCAUCAAAAGAAGAUGGAAGGAAUACACAGAGUCAUUAUACCAAAAAGAAUUAGUUGAUGUUCAAACAUUUCAAGAGGUGGCAUAUGAUCUGGAACCGAUGAUACUGAAGGAAGAAGUCCAAGCUGCUCUGAAGGCACUGGCGAAAAACAAGGCUUCAGGAAUUGAUGGAAUAUCAAUUGAGAUGUUUCAACAAACAGAUGUAGCGCUGGAGGUGCUCACUCGUCUAUGCCAAGAAAUAUGGAAGACAGCCUCCUGGCCAACUGACUGGAAGAGAUCCAUAUUUAUGCCUAUUCCCAAGAAGGGUGAUCCAACCGAAUGUGGAAAUUAUAGAACAAUAUCAUUAAUAUCACAUGCAAGCAAAAUUUUGCUGAAGAUCAUUCAAAAACAUCUACAGCAGUAUAUCAACAGGGAACUGCCAGAAAUUCAGGCUGGAUUCAGAAGAGGACAUGGAACCAGGGAUGUCAUUGCUGAUGUCAGAUGGAUCCUGGCUGAAAGCAGAGAAUACCAGAAGGAUGUUUACCUGUGUUUUAUUGACUAUGCAAAGGCAUUCGACUGUGUAGAUUGUAACAAACUAUGGAUAACAUUGCGAAGAAUGGGAAUUCCAGAAUGCUUAAUUGUACUCAUGAGGAACCUUUACAUAGAUCAGGAGGCAGUUGUUCGGACAGAACAAGGGGGAUACUGUGUGGUUGAAAGUCAGGAAAGGUAUGCGUCAGGGUUGUAUCCUUUCGCCAUACCUAUUCAAUCUGUAUGCUGAGCAAAUAAUACGAGAAGCCGGACUAUAUGAAGAAGAACGGGGCAUCAGGAUUGGAGGAAAACUCAUUAACAACCUGCAUUAUGCAGAUGAUACAACCUUGCUUGCUGAAAGUGAAGAGGACUUGAAGCACUUACUCAUGAAAAUCAAAGACCAUAGCCUUCAGUAUGGAUUACACCUCAACAUAAAGAAAAUAAAAAUCCUCACAACUGGACCCAUGAGCAACAUCAUAAGAAACAGAGAAAAGAUUGAAGUUGUCAAGGAUUUCAUUUUACUUGGAUCCACAAUCAACAGCCAUGGAAGCAGCAAUCAAGACAUCAAAAGACGCAUUGCAUUGGGCAAAUCUGCUGCAAAGGACCUCUUUAACGUGUUAAAAAACAAAGAUGUCACCUUGAAGACUAAGGUGCGCCUGACCCAAGCCAUGGUAUUUUCGGUUGCACCAUAUGCAUGUGAAAGCUGUACAAUGAAUAAGGAAGACUGAAGAAGAGUUGACACCUUUGAAUUGUGGUGUUGGCGAAGAAUAUUGAAUAUACCAUGGACUGCCAAAAGAACGAACAAAUCUGUCUUAGAAGAAGUACAACCAGAAUGCCUCUUAAAAGCAAGGAUGGCGAGACUGCGUUUUACGUACUUUGGACAUGUUGUCAGGAGGGAUCAGUUCCUGGAGAAGGACAUCAUGCUUGGCAAAUUACAGCGUCAGUGGAAAAGAGGAAUACCCUCAACAAGGUGGAUUGACACAGUGGCUGCAACAAUGAGCUCACGUAUAACAAUGAUUGAACUUGAUAAAGAACUCCCCGUGGUUAGACCGUAUUUUAUCAAUGACCCUGAGGAAGCUGGAGUGAGGGAAGCUGGCUUAAGAGUCACAUGGCUGGGACACGCAACGGUAAUGGUGGAAAUGGAUGAGCUCAUAUUUCUUACGGACCCCAUCUUCAGCCAUCGCGCAUCACCAUUUCAGUGGAUGGGUCCAAAGCGCUUUUGUCACCCUCCAUGUACAAUAAGUGACCUCCCCCCAAUAGACGCCGUUCUUAUCAGUCACAACCACUAUGACCACCUGGACUAUAAUUCUGUCAUUGCUCUGAACGAACGAUUUGGUAACGAGUUGAGGUGGUUUGUGCCUUUGGGUCUCCUUGACUGGAUGCAAAAAUGUGGCUGUGAGGAUGUGAUUGAGCUGGACUGGUGGGAGGAGAAUUGUGUCCCCAGACAUGAUAAUGUCACCUUUGUCUUUACACCUUCCCAGCACUGGUGUAAGAGGACUCUAAUGGAUGAUAAUAAGGUUCUGUGGGGCAGCUGGUCUGUCUUGGGGCCUUGGAAUAGAUUUUUUUUUGCAGGAGAUACUGGCUAUUGUACGGCUUUUGAAGAGAUAGGAAAAAGAUUUGGACCUUUUGACCUGGCAGCUAUUCCCAUUGGAGCUUAUGAACCAAGGUGGUUUAUGAAAUACCAGCAUGUAGACCCAGAAGAAGCUGUAAGGAUCCACAUUGAUGUUCAAACAAAGAAAUCGGUGGCAAUUCACUGGGGAACUUUUGCCUUAGCAAAUGAGCAUUACUUAGAACCGCGAGUGAAACUGCGUGAAGCUCUAGAAAGAUACGGACUUAACACUGAAGAUUUUUUUGUUUUGAAUCAUGGAGAAUCAAGAUACCUAAAUACCGACAAUGAAAAUGUCAAAUAAAUAUCAGUACAAGGGAUUUUAAUGAAAAAGGUCUCAUCUGAUUUGAAUUUGAAAAACAAAUGAAAAGACUAAGAAAUUCAUCAACAUUUUUAUUUUUUAUAUUUGGAAACAACUUCUUUAAGAUUGUGUUUCGUGUCUUGUAUAGUAACUUGCUUACUUAAAUAUGAUUGCCAGUGUAUAUAAGUAAAGGUGAGUGGAUUGUUUAAAUAAUCAAUUAGCUAAUAUGGAUUUUAAAUCUUCUAUCAAUGAUAUAAGCAUUGCAAUGGAAAUUACUAAAGCACUAUGCUUUAGUUGUAGUGGAAUUUUCUGAGGUUAUGAAAAACUGGUAUUAAAGACUCAUUCAUAGUCUAUUCUUCAGGGUGUUGUACAAGGUGAGUCAAGACUGUCUACCUAGGUUUUUUUUCAGAGGCCUGCAAUUCAUAUAAACAUGUUUCUUACAUUCACAUUAUGGUAAUUGAUGAAAUUUAUUUCCACAUGCUUAUAGACAGAGCAGUUCUUGCUCUAUCAAUAUUAGUAUAUAUGCCAAAUGUUGUCAUUUUUUUUAAAGCAUAAAAACAUAGGGACAUAGGGGUUUGGGCUAGGUUACCAUUUUUUAAAGACUUAACUUUUUUAAAAGAGGGGGACAGUAUAUUCUAGUGCAUGUCUGCAACCCCCAAGUCAAAAGCCCUCUGAUUUGGCCAGAGGAGGGGAAAGCGUGUGAUGAUAAGAACAUGAUUUAAGACAUUUUCUAUUUUAAUCUGAAAGUCAGAUCUGCUAAGCACAAAUACUGCUACAAGGAAAUAAUACUUUACACAGAUAAAUGAGGGUUUUAAAUGUUAAUAGACCAUACACUUUGAAUUGUAUUUUAUUCUUUCCAUUUACAUACACUUUUUUUUAAUUUCUUGGAUCUAUCAGUAGGAUAUAUUUUAUAAAUACUUUGUUUUACAUGAUUCAGAUGUCUUAUAUUUUUAUAUUAAAUGACCCCAAGCAUGAUUCAAGGACCCCUGGUGAUGCAAUAGUUAAGCGCUCAGUUGCUAACUGAAAGGUGGUUGGUCUGAACCAACUCUGAGGCUCCAAGGGAGAAAGAGCUUGCAAUCUAUUCCUGUAAAGAUUUUUAAAAAGUCCAUUGCUGUCAAGUUGGUUGUGACUCAUAGCAACCCUAUAGGAUAGGGUAGAACUGCCCAUAGAGUUUCCAAGGAGCACCUGGUGGAUUUGAACUGCCCACCUUUUGGUUAGCAACCAUAGCACUUAACUGCUACACCACCACGGUUCUCCUGUAAUGAUUAUAGCCUAGAAAACCCUUUGGGGCAGUUCUUUGCCACAGGGGUUUGCUGAGUUGAAAUCAACCCCACGGCACCUAACCUAACAAGGCAUGAUUCUACCUUUUAUUAAGCCGGUGUGGAAUGCUAGUGAUAAAAAAUGUGGUGACUUUGGGCUUCAUCUGACCUAAAUUUUAGUCCUAAUAACGGACCUGUAUUCAUAGAUCUGCUCUCGUAACAAUUACAGCCUUGUAAACCUUAUGGGGUAGUUUUACCCUGUCCUGUAGGGUCACUCAUUCGGAAUUGACUUAACGGCAUACAACAUUAUUUACUCGAUUAAUCUGAACGUUCCUAAAUGAGGGAGCUGGAUUAGAUUCUGUUAGAGGCCCAUUUUAUCUUCCUGACCUGUAAGUCUCAGUGAAACCUUCAUUCACACAAAAUAAUCAAAAUAGACUUUCUAUGCUAAAUGCUACACAGGUAGCAGUCUGUAAUUUUAUACAUUUAUACAUGUAUGCGCAUGCCACGGAAACCCUGGUGGUGUAGUGUCAAAGAAUUUGGCUGCUGACCAGAAGGUCGACAGUUCGAAUCCACCAGGUGCUCCUUGGAAACCCUAGGGAGCAGUUCUACUCUGUCCUACAGUCUGAGUUGGAAUCGAAUCAAUGGCAAUGGGUUUUGUUUUUGGUUUGGUGCAUGCUGCAUUUAGCCACUAAAUCUGAAUUUUAAUCCUGCUGUUAUCAUGGAUUUUUUGUGUAACCUGAAAGUCACUUAUGCUCACUGUGCCUAUUUCCUCACGUGCAAGAGGAUAAUUUUGACCUACCUCCGAAAAAUAUGAAGUAUAAUAAAGUGUUUUUUUUCUUAAAGCACUUUGAAAAUAUAAGGGAGAAAAAUGAAUUAAGAUACCACUGCCUAGUAGACAGGUAAAUUUGAAAACUGAAAAUAGGCUAACGCUUUUGAUAAUGAGUCCUGUUGCAAAUGUAAGCAUAUACAUUAGGACACUAUACAUUGAAGACUAACAGCUUUAGCUCAAUUUGUACAUUUGGCGAGUAACAGCCAAGACACAUGUAAAUGAUCUUUACCUAAAUUUAGCAUUUUGAUCUACAAAGAAGCAAAUCAGUCAAAAGGGACAUGUGUAUGUAAUCUGUGUGUGUAUAAUGUAUGUGAUUUCUGGAUACUGAAGCACAAUUUUCCCAUAAAAUUUCAGGAAAAAAAUUGUACAAGAUGAACUUUUCACUCAAAGGGAAUAUUGAAAUAGAUAUGAAUUAAGAUGUUAGGUUUAUGGUGGGUUAGUUUGGGGCACGUUGCCCUGUAACUAGCCAACAUUCUUGUAGCCAUCUUCCUUGCUGCUGCACGCUGAACUGAAAAUUCAUCUCUUACCUCUGCUUACAGAAGCAAAUAUAUCCUAAAUAUUUCUUCUCCAUUAAUAGCCUUAACAUUUUUGUAUUCACAAUGUACCAUUUAACUGAGGAUCUUUAAGCACCUUAAAUUGCCAUGUUCUAAUUGGACCUGCCUCAUUUUCUAGGCCUCCUCACAAGCUACUGUAGUGUUUAUCACAACUCAUGUUCAUCUCCUGACCCUGUUAAGUGCAUGUUAUCAUUUUUCACUUGUUACAUUUUGAGAGAUUUAUGUGAAAGCGAAGGUAAUAGUUUUUGAAAAAUUAAGAUAAAUCCAUUCUCUUCCCUCAAUUCAGUCUAAGAUGCAUUGUAACGCCAUUUACUAGUCAGUCUUGGAAAUGCUCGGCAUAGUGGUUAAGAGCUAUGGCUGCUAACCAAGAGAUCGGCAGUUCAAAUCCACCAGGUGCUCCUUGGAAACCAUAUGGGACAGUUCUACUCUGUCCUGUAGGGUCGCUAUGAGUCGGAGUCAACCUGACGACAGUGGGUUUUUUUUUUUUUUCCGUCUGUCUUGUCCUCUAAGUCAAUUUCAUUUUCUUUGAUUAUCUAGCAUCCAUAAUCGAUAUGCAGGAUAUUAAAGAUUUUAUUUCUCCUUACAGUAACUGAGGACACUUUAUGUCUUAUUGCCCAAGAGGGUGAGUCCAUCAAUUAGUAAAAAGUCCCGCCUAAUAAAAGCCAAGGUGUGCCACGACCUACAUUGAUAUAUUUAAGGACCUACUUGUGCGUUUCCACUGUGUAAUUCUUUUUGGGUACUUAAAAAUUAUUUUUUUCAAAUCCAGCAUUUUGACAUUUUAGACUCAAUGCUCUGAUCCUUAGAAAAUGUGAUAUGUGAAUGAUUCCACUCAAACUAAUGAUGAGGAGAGAGGAAAAGAGAUGGGAGUUUUAGAAUCCAAUGCUGCCAAGGCACAUAGAAGGCCAAUUCUGGUUUUCAGUGUGUACACAUUUUGAAUACAUAUUUUCAUUAAAUAAGGAGGCAGACUUAAAACAAACAAACAAGAACUGUUAUAAAGAAAUGUGCCUUUCAGGGAAUUAAUACUUCUGUUUCCAACACCGAUACAUAAAAAUAUUCUUCUUAGCCAUCGUGUACUUUACUACUCUACCCCCUUGGGAAUUUUCAAUUUUCACCUUAUAUUGAAACUUUUUAUACUGUGAAAUAUUCCCUCAAAGUAUGAUUUCUAUAUCAGGAUAACCCUGAGAAUACAUAUUUUUCUGUUGAAGGAUUUGUGACUUCCUGUGGAAACAGUCUUGUAUCCAUGUAUUUACAAAUGAGAUUUAAAAAUAUUCUAAAGCUUUGCCAUAAAUACAUAAGUGGCAAAGUUUUUGCUUGCAUAUUGAUUUACUUAUUGCUAAGUAAGCAUGGUGAGGGUUAUGAACUUUAAAUCCUGGCUGAAUUCAAAUAUAUCAAUAAAUUGUUAUAGUAGCUUAUGAAAUAAAAAUAUUAAGAAAGUUAAUUGUUGAAAUAUUUUCAUAGAAUUUUAGUCAAGUAAAAUAUGGAUGAAAAUGAAUAAAGUACUACCAAUUAAGGGAAAGAAAAUAACCAUAACCUUGUGAUUUUUUCCCCUUUAUUUAAAAAAAUUACUUUAAAAUUUAUGCUCAUAGUAAAAAAUUCAAACAGUAGAACAGAGUGUAUACAGAGAAGUCAUUUCCCCACUCCCCAGUCUCACCCCAGGAGCUUGUGUGUGUCAUUCUGGAAGUGUUCUGUGUAUACAUAAACAUAGAUAUUUUUCAUUUAAAAAACCACAAAUGGGAUCUCAUAUAUUUUCUGUCAACGUAUUUUAAAAAACAACUAUAUUUCAUGGAUAUCUUUCCACAUCAGCACAUCAGAGCCACUUCAUUCCUUUUAAGAACAGAAAAACUAAUUUACUUAAUUGUCUAUGGGUAGAUAUUUUCAUCAAUCCUGGUAUUUUAUGCAUAACAUCUUUACAUACUGACACAUUGAAUGGGAGUGGUCAAGCACUAGGAAAUACUUUCUCCUAAAAGUUUACAUUUUUCAUUGACUAGAAGCACGAACGAUUGGAAUAGAUUUGUGAAAGCAGAAUGGCUGGGUUGGCAGUUAGACUUGAGGACUCAGGAUCUCAUCACUACUAAAAGAAUGGUGCCAUUUCCAUGGCUGUUCUAAAACAAUGCAGUAAUGACAUACUACUGUCCUCUUAAGAGUCCCUGGGUGGCACGUAUGGUUCAGUGCUCACCUACUAGCUGAAAGGCUGGUGGUUCAAAUCCACCAAAAGGUGCCUCAGAAGACAGCCUGGGGAUUUGCUUCCAAAAGGUCACGGCCUUGAAAACCUAUGGAGCAGUUCUACUCUGCACACAUGCGGUUGCCCUCUUAGCUGCAAAUAACUGCAAAAGGUAUAAGGGCAGUUUAUGCAAAAAAAAAAGUCACUGUCACUUCA